AUGUUUGAUGUUGCUUCCUACUUGCUGAUCGACCCAGUUCUGGACUUUCUAACCAACCUUAUUGAAUCACUGAUUACUGUGGACACUGUCAUCGAAGUUUUCCGUUUCGCUAAAGAUCGACAUAUACCGUUGGCAAACGUGGUAUGGAAGCGAUUAAUUCGAGACUUCGAAGAAUUGCAAAGUACAGGAAACUUCUUCAAGUUAAAAGAAGAUGAGCUGAUCAAUUUGCUCAAAGAUCCAAUGGUAGAUUUUACACGAACAAAAGUGAAUACAGUUAUACGAGACUGGUUACAGAAUAAAGCAGGGACAGAUGAAGGUGAAAACUCUGAUUCAAUAAAAGUUUGGCUUCAUAAUUACAACGAUGCAUACUGUGAAAAUCUCAGAGAACCGUUGCCUCAUAUCAUCCUACUAGCAACAGGAGGUUUCAUAAACGGUCCAACAGAUGUUAUUGAAGCUUACGACAGGAACAAUCAAGAAUGGGUAGUGGCAAAUGCACGUUUGAAACAUCCAAAUAUGUACCAUUGUGCCGUAAAUGUUGGUGAUGAUAUGUAUUUUGUUGGAGGCAGUGAUGGAAUUGAAAGUCGUAACGCCACUAGAAGAUACAAUUUUGAAACCAGAAAAUCUUCAGAUUCUGCUUGGAUGUACAACCGUCGAUGUUUUUUAAUGGGUGGAUUGCUAGACAAAAGUCAUAUUAUUGCUAUCGGUGGUUACAACGGUUUUACGCGGCUUACAUCAGCUGAAAUAUUUGAUGUUGCGGCUAACCAGUGGAAACUGACAGCAAAUAUGGAAACACGACGAAGUGAUGGUGGUUGUGCGAUCAUCAAUGGUAUAGCAUACGCCGUUGGUGGUUUUGAUGGCACUCAGUGCUACAAAACUGUAGAGUGUUACGAAAACGAGUACAACAGAUGGAUACCAAUGCGACCAAUGAGACGAAAGAGGUCAGGAGUUGGUGUUGUAACGCUGUAUGGGGCUUUGUUUGUGUGUGGUGGAUUUGAUGGCCUAAUCAGACAAAAUACCAGCGAACUGUUCGAUCCGCGAGAAGGGCGAUGGCAUACAAUGCAAAGCAUGAAACUGAAUAGGUCAAAUUUUGGUAUCGAAUACUUUGAUAAGCGAGUCAUGGUCUGCGGCGGUUUUAUGCAGGAUCAGUGGAAUCGUGGAACAGUUGAAUUUUGUGAAUGUUACGACAUCAGGGCAAAUGCUUGGCAUCAGAUGGCACCACUAAAUCAUGCUCGAUCUGCGCUUAAGCUUGCAGUAAUCGAUCAUUAUGAUACCAUUACAGCAAUGUUUAAAUCUCGAAUUGAAAGUUCAUUUACGUGA